UACAAAUCUAUUACAUUUAUUGAGGAACAGGUAUGUUUGUAGAAUUGCAACUCAGUGCUAGUCUGGUAAAUAUUGAGAGUUUUAUCGCAGAAGGGGAUGACUUCCGAUGGUAUUUGAAGAUAAAGUGUUCUAACUGCGGCGAAGUACCCGAUCAUUUCGUGUAUGUCGCUGAAGACGAAACCUCCGAAGUUAAAGGAGGACGAGGGUCUGCCAAUCUGGUUGCUAAGUGCAAGAUGUGCAACCGAGAGAACUCUUUAAGUAUAGUCGAGAGCAGUGUUAAAGGCUAUGCUAACGACAGUGUACAGUUUGCUUCCAUUGUAAAGUUUGAGUGUCGUGGUAUUGAACCUGUAGACUUCUCUCCCAGAACAGGAUGGAUAGCGACUGCAGCUGAUAGCGGGGCCUCCUUCCCUGAUGUAGAUCUUGGAGAGAAGGAGUGGUGUGAUUACGAUGAAAAAGAGGAUCGAGAAGUUGGAAUUUAUGAAUUGAAAUGGCAAUUUAAGACAACGAAAAACUGAUCACCGUGUGGAACUUCUUCUUGCGAAUAUUUCUCGAGAAAUGGAAUCUCUGGUAUGGAGUUGCUCUAUCAGAACUAAGGGAGUGUAUCAGAAAGUUAGAACAGUUAUAGUUUAUAAUAGCCAAAUAUAGUGUUAAUAAUUUUGCUCGGUAAUCCGAGAAUUUGUGUGAAAUUUUUAUCGCAUUGCACUUGCAGGGUUUUUGAUGAAGAUAAUAUUAUUGUAUUAAACCAUGCGACUUUUUGGUGACAUUGAAUUUGUUAUAUUAUUUGAAAUUGAUAGUUUUGUUUUCUAUUGGUAUUGAUAACAA